UUUUUCGUCAUUUUACGCCAGUAUACAUUUCUUUACGGUAAGUGUCCAGUAGUAGCAGGCAUGGCGACUGCAGCAGCAGCAUAUGAAAGUGAUCAAUGUAGAGAAGAUGGAGAUACACCGAGGCAGAGUUCAUCUAACGAACCAAACACAGAACCGAAAUCGGUGUGUCUCAUAGUUUUAGGCAUGGCAGGGUCAGGAAAAACAACUUUUGUGCAGAGGCUCACAGUUUACCUGCACUCCAAGAAAAGUCCUCCAUAUGUUAUCAAUCUAGAUCCUGCAGUUCAUGAGGUCCCUUUCCCAGCCAACAUUGAUAUCAGAGACACUGUCAAUUACAAGGAAGUCAUGAAACAAUAUGGUUUAGGUCCAAAUGGAGGAAUCGUCACAUCUCUCAAUCUGUUUUCAACACGAUUUGAUCAGGUCAUGAAGUUUAUUGAGAAAAAGCAAAGUAACCACCAAUAUGUUUUGAUUGACACUCCUGGGCAAAUAGAGGUGUUCACAUGGUCUGCAUCUGGAACCAUCAUAACUGAAGCACUGGCCUCUUCUUUUCCCUGUGUGGUUAUUUAUGUGAUGGACACAUCUCGAAGUGUAAAUCCAGUCACCUUUAUGUCCAACAUGCUCUACGCCUGCAGCACUGGAACCAUCAUAACUGAAGCACUGGCCUCUUCUUUUCCCUGUGUGGUUAUUUAUGUGAUGGACACAUCUCGAAGUGUAAAUCCAGUCACCUUUAUGUCCAACAUGCUCUACGCCUGCAGCAUUCUCUACAAGACCAAGCUACCUUUCAUAGUCGUCAUGAACAAGGUUGUCGGUGUGUCUGCAGUCACGGGUUCUGGGCUUGAUGAACUGUUUGUACAGGUUGCAGAUGCUGCUAAAGAGUAUGAAACAGAGUAUCGUCCUGAAUAUGAACGUCUGCACAGAGAGUUGGCUGAAGCUCAGAGUCAGAAACAACAGGAGCAGUUGGAACGCCUUCGGAAGGACAUGGGAGCAGUUCCCAUGGAAACUGCAGUUCCUACUGAUGCCCCAGCUCUUGGUGGGCCCAGUGACCUCAUCUUUACCUGUGGCAACUCUGGUGAAGCUGAGGAAGACAUAGACAGCGAUACCGAUGAUAUCGAUCACACCGUCAUAGAAGAAAGCAAAGAGGCCGGCGCUUUCAAAAGCUUUCUGAAGGAGAGAAGAGAAAUAGUGCAAGUGCGCAACAGGAAGUCUAAGUGAGGGCAGGAAAUGAUCAUUAUGUAUGUGUACUGUUGCCCAGAACACUUGAGUUUAACCCCUGAACAUUGACCUUUCCACUUUCAAAGACAUAAGUUGUUAAUUUGGACAGUUUUUCAUAAAUCUGCAUGUAUUCUACAGUUGUAGCCAUCAGCUAGUCUGCACUGAGAUUUCAGAAUUGCAAAUGAAUGAAUUUGUAAAAACAGUCUUUUGCAUCAUGCACGGGUUAAGAACGUCAUUAGUUCAAAACCAAACAUUAAUCAUGGAGUUGAAUAUCUUGGGUCUCCACUGAACAUUUAUUCAAACAAAUACCUUCUGAAAAAUGUACCUUGUUUUUCUUUUGUAUAAUAUAUUUAUGUACGCUCUAUAAUCUUAUUUGUCUGUUAAUAGAAAUGCUUUGUUUUUCCCAACAACCUGGAGCAGAAACCAGUAUCUGCAGUUUCUCUUCUGACUUCCUGUACCUUUAAAGUUCACGUUUC